AUGGUUGCACAGGCGCAUGCUGGGGAGGUGUUUCCUUCUUCUCCUGCUCACUUCUUCUACGCCGCCACCCACGACUCUUCCCAGGCCGACCUCAGCCGCGUGUACGCGAGCAGGCUCAAUGCAGAUGCCACCGAAGUCUGCAAGGUUCUGGAAGAGCUUCGCCAGCACGCCCUGGCGAGGUUGCAGGCCAAAGCAGCCCCCGUCGCAACGCCCCAAGCCUCCAGCCACGGGGCCCCGAUUGGCAGCGGUGAUACCGUCACGCUGCUGGGCAAGGUGCUUGGAGCUUCCUCCACGCACCACCGCGAGCUGAGGCUGCAGGUGAAAUCUGCACAAACGGGAGAAGAGGUUCGCCGGCAGCUGUGUCAAGAGCUGGGCCUCUCCAAUGUCAAGGUCAUAGCGGGGGGCAAGACCUUGCAGGACGGCGCAACGCUGUCCGAUCAGGGCUGGCGCGCGGAUCCUGCUUGUGGCGUGCUGCGCGUGCUGCUGCUCCCAGGCAAAGCCUUUGUGGCGUGA